UUCAGUCGCUUCUUUCUCACUCACUGGGGAGCCUGGAGGUGGCGGCACCUUUCGAGGCAGAGCAGCAGAACCGCGCGUGAGCCAGCCGCCUGGCCAGUGCGAGGUCCGACAGACUGACGGCGGAGUCGACCGACGGACGGACAGCCGGGCACCUAGACAGCCCGCGUCGCCUCAAGUUCCGCCAUGAGCUGGGGCACGGAGCUCUGGGAUCAGUUUGACAGCUUAGACAAGCAUACACAAUGGGGAAUUGACUUCUUGGAACGAUAUGCCAAAUUUGUUAAAGAGAGGAUAGAAAUUGAACAGAACUAUGCGAAACAACUGAGAAAUCUGGUUAAGAAGUACUGUCCUAAACGUUCAUCCAAAGAUGAAGAGCCAAGGUUUACGUCAUGUAUAGCCUUCUUUAACAUCCUUAAUGAGUUAAAUGACUAUGCAGGACAGCGAGAAGUAGUAGCAGAAGAAAUGGCGCACAGAGUGUAUGGUGAAUUAAUGAGAUACGCUCAUGAUCUGAAAACUGAAAGAAAAAUGCAUCUCCAAGAAGGACGAAAAGCUCAACAAUACCUUGACAUGUGCUGGAAACAGAUGGAUAAUAGUAAAAAGAAAUUUGAAAGAGAAUGUAGAGAGGCAGAAAAGGCGCAGCAGAGUUAUGAAAGAUUGGAUAAUGAUACUAAUGCAACUAAGGCAGAUGUUGAAAAGGCCAAACAGCAGUUGAAUCUGCGUACACAUAUGGCUGAUGAGAACAAAAACGAAUAUGCUGCACAAUUACAAAACUUUAAUGGAGAACAGCACAAACAUUUCUAUGUGGUGAUUCCUCAGAUUUACAAGCAACUACAAGAAAUGGAUGAACGAAGGACUCUUAAACUCAGUGAGUGUUACAGAGGCUUCGCAGAUUCAGAACGCAAAGUUAUUCCUAUCAUUUCAAAGUGUUUGGAAGGAAUGAUUCUUGCAGCAAAAUCAGUUGAUGAACGGAGAGACUCUCAAAUGGUGGUAGACUCCUUCAAGUCUGGUUUUGAACCCCCAGGAGACUUUCCAUUUGAAGAUUACAGUCAGCACAUAUAUAGAACCAUUUCUGAUGGGACUAUCAGUGCAUCCAAACAGGAGAGUGGGAAAGUGGAUGCCAAAACCACAGUAGGAAAAGCCAAGGGCAAAUUGUGGCUCUUUGGAAAGAAGCCAAAGCCACAGUCCCCACCCUUAACCCCUACUAGUUUAUUCACAUCCAGUACUCCUAAUGGGUCCCAGUUUCUCACAUUCUCCAUUGAGCCCGUGCAUUAUUGUAUGAAUGAAAUAAAAACAGGGAAGCCCAGAAUUCCUUCUUUCAGAAGCCUCAAAAGAGGGUGGUCGGUGAAGAUGGGCCCAGCACUAGAAGAUUUCAGUCAUCUGCCACCAGAACAGAGACGUAAAAAAUUACAGCAGCGCAUUGAUGAACUUAACAGAGAACUACAAAAGGAAUCCGACCAAAAAGAUGCACUCAACAAAAUGAAAGAUGUAUAUGAGAAAAAUCCACAAAUGGGAGAUCCAGGGAGUUUGCAGCCUAAAUUAGCAGAGACCAUGAAUAACAUUGACCGCCUACGAAUGGAAAUCCACAAGAAUGAGGCUUGGCUCUCUGAAGUUGAAGGCAAAACAGGUGGGAGAGGAGACAGAAGACAUAGCAGUGACAUAAAUCAUCUUGUAACACAGGGACGAGAAAGUCCUGAGGGAAGUUACACUGAUGAUGCAAACCAAGAAGUCCGUGGGCCACCCCAACAGCAUGGUCACCACAGUGAGUUUGAUGAUGAAUUUGAGGACGAUGAUCCCUUGCCUGCUAUUGGACACUGCAAAGCUAUCUAUCCUUUUGAUGGACAUAAUGAAGGUACUCUGGCAAUGAAAGAAGGUGAAGUUCUGUACAUUAUUGAGGAGGACAAAGGUGAUGGGUGGACAAGAGCUCGGAGACAGAAUGGUGAAGAAGGCUACGUUCCCACGUCAUACAUAGAUGUAACUCUAGAGAAAAACAGUAAAGGUGCAGUAACUUAUAUAUAACUACCCAGACAGCUUUGUGCCAUGUUUGACAUAGGAAUGAUAAUAUAAAAUGUAAACACAUUGAACCGGUUGGAAAACAUAUGAAAACAUAAAGGGCAUCUGAGAUUUAUUGUUCACUAUGUGAGCUGUGUAGGCGUAACGCAAGAGAUGUGAAUGUACCACAAGAACUGUUUUCGUGGCACUUUACGUUUGAGUAGUGCUGGUGUGAAGCUUAAUUGAUGCCUUUAGAUUUAUGUCCUGCUUAAGUCUUUGUGAAGAAGGAUUUGUGUUUUUCUGCCUUACAAAUAAUAGAAUUUGAUUUAUUGGGCAGGAAUUCAUAGAUAGUAUGUUCCUCUGCCUCUCAUUCAGAAAACACAGUGAUUAUAGUGAAUUUCAAACAAGUAAAACUGCUCUGAAAUGCUAUGGAAAGCUAACUUACCAAAGAGUGUUGUUCUAGGAGUUGAAAUUCAUAACUACAAUUUCUAGGAAGAAAAUAAUAGUUGGAUAAUUGGGUAAAAUAAUAUUUUUAUUUUCUUCUCUAUUUUAACUUUGGUUUCCCAAAGGAAGAAAAUAAACACCUAACACGUAAUCUAUUUAAGUAAUAGGCUAAUCAAGAGAUCUACAAAAUAAAUCACCUGGUCUAGCUAUUAGGUCAAUAAAAGCUUUUUUUUUUUUUUUUUUUUUUUGAGACCUGAAAAUAUUUUGAGGUUUACUGGUAAUUUUCAAUAAUGUACAACCUUCCUUCCAAAAUGUCAUUUAGCAAUUAUUUGUAGGAAAAUACAUGGUUAUAUAUGGGAAAAUAUACAUUUGAAGAUAAGAAAUUUUGAAUGAAAAGGAAGUGCUGCCAAAUUUUACUUUUUAAAAAGAGAAACAACUUUUUUGACUAAUUGGGUUGGAAGAAGAUAUCUUUGCCACCAUUUAAGGGUAUUUCAUUAUUUUAGUUGAAUCAGCAGUUAUUAGGAUAGAUGAUUUUUUCUAAUUAAUUUCAACAAGUGUUUGUUGCAAACACGGUACCAUCAAGGAUGAUGUAGCCCUAGUUGUGUGAUCACACCCUGAGUUAGUUGUGUGGGAAAGUAAAGUGAGGAAACAGUAAGAUUUUAGUCGUAUUUCAAAAUUUUCUAGAGUUUUCAGUAACUAUAAAAGAUUUUAGAGAAAUUUGGGACAGACACUUUAAACUGAACACCCCUUUUGGUCUUACCAAAAGUCUUCAGUAAUUGUUCUUUUCUUUUUCCUCCUGGACUGCAGGUUCCUGAAGAGGGUUUCUGAGGAAAUGGGCAAGAUGUUGAAGGAGGUUACAUGCAGCUGCUUUUGGGGGGAGGGUAUUAGAGUUGUCAGGCUCGAAAGAGAGAGUGAGAGAAGCAAGUUGCAUGAGUGCAUGCAGACAUGAUUAUUUUUUACUAACUUCAUUAGCAUUUGUAUACAUUGUUUUAAAAAAUUGUUGUAUAUGAGUUUUUAAAUUCCUAGUUCACAUAUUCACCCAAAAGAAAACAGCCAACAAUGGCUGACUUUUUUCCAUUUAUUUUACUGAUGUCUAAUCAGUAAAGAAUGAAGAAUGAUCAUAAAAUUUGUCUUACAUAGGACUGUCCCAACAGGACUGUCUCUAUCCCUGCUCUGUUUUAAUUAUCUUUUAGAACAUUGUCUGUUAGAUCCUUGCCAUUUGUCAGUGUCUGCCUGUGCCACCUCUGUGCUUGCUUAACAUCCUGUUGCAUGUCUAGAGUGAUAGGGCUAGAUUUUUCAGGCAUGUCUUUAUAAUCCCUGUUCUUGUCAAAGCCUUUGUUUUGUUUUACAUUUGUAGUGCAAAUCACUUUGUCAAACAUCUCCAGCACUAAUGUUUCCAUCCUAGUAUUUGUGUAUGCUGCUAUAACUUCCCCACUGCAAACAUUCCAGUUUUGGCAUUAUGAAGAAGUAGUCUGUGAACCUGAAGUAUUUAUGAUGAGAAAAAAGAACACAUCUCUGCUCUAGCCUACAGCCCAUUUGAAAGAACUCUUUGAAAUGUGAUACACCUUGAGCAUCUCAGUCUGGGAAGAACCUAUAGUCAGCACUGAAAUUCUGGCAUAAUAAACAGAGAAGAUACCACCUCAAGACAAAGGACUGUUGUCAAAAGUCAGCUGCUUCCAUUCAAAUGCUGCCUUAAAGUAGAGUGCCUAAAUCUGUCGAUUGCCAACAUUACCACUACAGUAUCCCACAAGGGCUUUCUUUAUGUGUCAGCGCAGUGCGACCUCCUUUAACUGCGGCACCGGCACCGACAUAGCCUCAGUAGGUGGCUGUAAGAACUCCACCACGUACAAUGGUGCAUCUUCAAAUUCGUGCAUCAAACUGAAGACAAGUUCUAAUCCAUUUUACUUAGUGUUUUUAUGAGAAGUUUUGUGGACCGCUCCCCAUUGUCUUUUUAUUUGGGGUUAUGAAGAUCUCAUUUGAUUAUUACAAUGAUAGUCUGUUUCCAAGUGAUGCUUUUGUUUGAAUCUGAUAAAAUUUAGUGUAACUUUGUAAUGAUCUAUGUGCACUUUUACUUGUAAAAUGGGAAUUUCUGUAUGUUUAUACUUGUAAAUACAAUUGUUGUCACUGCCCUGUUGCUCAUAUCGUCUUGCCUCGCGUUUGUGGUUCUGUUAAUGACUUGUAUCUUAACUAAUUUCUUAGUGAUGUUGUAACAGGGAAAUGGGUGGGGGUGGGGAGUUAUUUGUACCACUGAAGCUUCAUUAAUUUGGUUCUUUAGUGUUUUGAGGGGAGAAAGAGAACGUGAAAUGGUUUGUGUAUUAUUGGAUUUUAAGCAAUAUUUUAGAAGCUGUGUGACUGCUUUAAUAAUUUUUCCCAGUGUUAUUUGAAUCAUACUACCAGUAAUACUAAAGCUAAAUGACAAUUGUGCAAAAGUUAAUGCCUUCAUAAGAUUACACCACUGUUACACAGCUGACAUAUAGCAUAUUACCUUCGAGGCUAGUAAACUAUUGUUUAGAUAUAGAAUCUCGUUACAGGGUUAUUUAUAUAAUGUGACAUUAUUCAAUACUGACAGACUACAUGAAGUAGUUUUUAAAUCUAGUGCUAUUUUUAUUUUAAAGGUUAGCAAGGAGGAGGAAAUGUGAUCUGGCUGUGUUUGUCUUCUGUACAAAGCCUAAAGAGCUUAUGCUUUUUUGGCCAACUGCCACAGAGGGCAAAGUUUAGGGCUUUCUCGUAAGGACUAACUGUUCUUUUCAAGCUACUGUUUGUUUUUCUAAAGGCAGGACUUGCUUCCGUAGGAGGCAAUUUCCUUCAUGUGGAGUAGUGCAACCUGGGUUGUUAAAAUAGGAAAGACAUUUGUACUUGCACAGUUUAAAUCGUUCUUAAAUCAUCCUUAAAUUUUGAACAUGUGAAUUAUCCAAAAGAAAUUUUAAUUUUUCAGUAAUUUUUACUCUUUGUGCACAUGUUGAUUUCUUAACGGUAAAUGCUUUGUUUAAGAUAGUGUUCUCUGUUGAGAAUAUUUUCAUGGAAUAAAACAAUCUUUUCAUGGCCAGUU